AUGCCGGGAAAGACGAGGAAAGACACCCGAUGCGUUGAUUUUUUCGUGGGGGAAGAAGAGUUAACGCGCUAUUUGGACCGCCUCGAUAUUGAGACAGCCGCAAAAGCCAAGCAGGCAGUGAUGCGUUUGCCUGAAGCUUCGGGGCCCGAUCAGAACCUACACAAGAGUAGCGCGAGUUCGGCCGACGGACCAGAAGACGUGGUAACGCAGCACGAGAAGACCACAUCCCAAGACGAGCAGAAUACUGGCGACAGAACAGAAGAUGCCGAUAUCGACUGUGUACACAGUCCUUGUCGCCCACCGUCAACUUCGAAGUGCGACCCGGCACCGCGUGAGUCCGUACCGAUGGAGGACGUGAGAGAGUCCGGAGAGAUGGUGGGAGAUCGUGAGUCGAACGCAAUGGUGGGCGAGCGUAACUCGAAAAAGAAGUUAGUCCAGCACGAUUCCGGUGAGGUGGACGCCAUUCGUCAACAAACGCUGCAAUUUCUUCAGAUAUCAACCUGGUGCAAGACCCGGAUGACGAUGGAGAGUACAAGGCGAUGGAGUCAGAUUGUGAUAACGAUGAUGGACCUUCAUGUGGCGACGAGAGUGUGUCGGAGGGAGAGACGGAUGACAUUACCGAAAAAGUCCACGUCGAGGAUGAAGAAGAAGCUGAUGAUACUCUGUUCAACGCAUCUUUGA